CCCGCACCUCCCGCAGAAACCCCCCACCAACCCAGCACAGAACAAACUACAAUUAAAACCGCAGCGCACCCCCACAGUCCAACACCAUCCGAAGCAACGCCAGCACCGCGCCACACGGUAGUUCCGUCCAUGGAAGAACAGCAACUAACAGAUACGCCGGAUCCCAACACGGCAGGUCCGCUUACCAACCUUCCAACCACGGAAGAACAGCAGCAGCAGCAGCAUCAACCAGAUAUGCCGGAUCAGCCCCAGCAACCAACCCCAGCGGGACACGCCCAUCGCAGUCCCGGAGCUACGCUGGCACGGUAG